GCCUUUCAGGUUGGAGGAAAUUUCCCAAACAACCUCCUCCAAAACAAAUCGCAGCCCUCACCAAACAACGCCACUUCAAGCUUUGUACAGCCAGUUUGCAACUCGACAACGGUCGAAUCUGACAUAUAACAAAUCUGAAUCACAUCAGGCACCAUAACAACCACAAGUCACCAAACAUCAGAAACCAAGCCGUCACAAUGGCCGCUACAGUUCCAGCUCCCUCGCUGAGCUUCUCGCGACCAACCUUCGCCAAGCUCUCGCCUCACCCGUACCUUCUCACGAACCUCACCGACCCCGAAAACCCCUGCCGUACCAACGGCCGCGCCCCACACGAGGCUCGCCCCGUUCACAUCCACACCUCCUCGCUCGCCCACGCCAACGGUAGCGCACUUGUCCGCACCGGCGACACCACGGUCGUCUGCGGCGUGCGCGCCGAGAUCCUUCCCGUCACCAACAUCCCCCAGUACCGGCCGCGGGAGCCCUCGUACGGCGAAGAAGACAAUGACGACAGCGCCGAUGUCGAUGAGCUAAAGGACUACGACCUCCUGGUUCCCAACAUCGAGCUAGCCACCGGCUGCGCGCCGCAGUUCCUCCCCGGCGUGCCACCCACGACGCUGGCGCAGACGCUCAGCACGCGCAUCUACUCGCUUCUGCACAGCUGCAAGGUGGUGGAUCCCAAGGGCCUGAGGGUGUGGUACACUCCGCCUAAGGAGACCAGGGAGGAGGGCGCGAUGGAGGUGGAUGAGGCACAGGAAGAGGAAGAAGAGGAGGAGGAAAGGAAACCGGAGCUCAAGGCUUACUGGGUCCUCUAUAUCGACCUACUGUUCGUCUCCUUCGACGGAAACCCCUUUGACGCAGCCUGGACAGCCGUCAUGGCGGCGCUGCGCGACACGAAGCUGCCGCAGGCGCGGUGGGAUCCGGAUCGCGAGGCGGUGGUGUGCUCGCGGAGCGAGGAGGCAAAGAUGGCGCUGGAUGUGCGUGGACUGCCGGUUGCCUGCACUGCGACGGUGUUCUUAGAGAAGGAGCACGGAGAGGACUCGGGCUCCUCGGCAGAGAGGAAAAGCAGGCACUGGAUCCUGCUGGAUCCGGAUAGGUUGGAGGAGAGCUUGUGCAAGGAGACGGUCACCGUGGUGGUGGACUGCAGUGGGGAAGAGACGAAGGUGAAGAGCAUUGAGAAGCAUGGCGGUACGGUGAUUGGAAGAGAGCUGAUGAGGGGGUUCAUUGGUGUUGCUGAGGGGAGGUGGCAAGAGGUGAAGGAGGCGUCGAAGUAGAGUGUCGGUCUAUGGCAGACAGGCAUCUCAGGCUUGUCCUUUUCACGAGUUUUCACAUGAACGAGCGUCGAAAUGAGAAGAGCAAUGUAACGGAUUUGAUACCCUAGGAUGUACGGUUGGACAAAUGCACGCUCAGAGUGGUCUCGAUUAUCACCAUUGGUCUUGAAACAACUUAUGAUACCUCGAUAGCCGGUUUGCCACCAACACGAUGUUCUGCCAACAUGAUCAUGAAGGCAGACCUACGCAAAGUUCUCAAAGGCAAUGUCAGGGGCGGCAAGAAAGUGAAAACGACAACAUCAGAACGAACGCGCCUGUUCAGCAGACCAUGGGCAGCAAGGAAAGUGGAAGAGAGCAUAUCCAGGGCGGUCAGGACAGUGGGUUCAGGGCUCGGUUACCCUCUUUCCUGUUACUAUCAAGGGAAGGGAAUAUCUCUUGACUGGAUGCAGAAGGGCCAUGGCUAUUCCUUCCUUGAGAUCCCAACCCUGAGGAAGGAACGGCACUCUAACAAAGUGAGUACCUCAAUGGUCACUGCAUUUCAUGAAGUAUCAUGCAAUUGUAUCGCACCUUCCA